AUGCCAAAAAUUCGCUCGAAUUUAUGCGUUCCUUUAGAGGCGCUGAAAAAAGUUGGAAAUGUUGAAGAAAAAAUGGAAAUUGGAGAGGAAAGGAAUUUGGAAAAAUUUAGAGAUCUUUGUGAGUUUUUUUUUUAAUUUUUGGAGUUCGACUAAAAAUUAUUAACUGAAAAAAUGAAAUUUUUAAAAAGUUAAAAUUUUGAGCACACAGGAAAUGUCUAAGAAUAACUAGAAAGUGCCAAAUUUUUGCACAACAUUAGAAAAGUGAGCGGGGCAAACGGUUUGGUAAAUAGACGAAUUUUGAGAAAUUAUCGAUUGAAAUUUUUAUUUAAAAAAUUUUCAGACCUUGUCGUAUUUUUCAGGUGUAAAAUGUGGAGUUUUUGGAGCAAAAGAUGGAUCGGGUUAUGCGGAAUUCGGAAAUACUAUGGUUUUAGCGCAAAUGUAAGUCUUAAUCUUUAUUUAAUCUUCCUAAAAAAAUGUCUUCAAAAAUUUUAGAAAUGGACCGGAUGGAGAUGGAAAAUGGGAAGAGAAUUAUGCAAAAAUCACGGUAUUUUCGAAAAAAUUUUGAACUAAAAACAGUUUACAGAAAAUUAUUUAUAGAUUAGUUUGAAAGGCGUGGAUGAGCAGAAAAAUGCACAAUAUCGCGGGCAAAUCACAUCAGCAAUUAGUGCAAUUAUAUUUGCCAAUAAAUAUCCGGGAAAAGUUAUUGAUAUUGAGGUGAGGAAUUUUGAGGGGAACCUUGGAAUUUCGGAGCUCAGGUUCACGGCUCAAAUUAGAAAAUUUUCAGAAAUUUUAUUAUUUUCAGGUGACUGUUUUAGCGGAUGAUGGUGGAAUAUUGGCUGCAUCUUUGGUGGCAGCUUCAUUGGCUCUUGCACAUUCUGGAAUUGAGGUAACUUUCGCUGAAAAUUCGGAUUUUAAACUUUAAAAUGAGCUCCAAAAUGUAAAAAAAAUCCCGUUUUUCCUUCAGAAUAUGGGUCUAAUGUCAGCUGCACAUAUCGGUUUAACAAAAUCUGGAAAAUAUAUAACUGAUCCAAAUAUUGAAGAAAUCGAUAAAAAUGAGAUUAUUGGUGGAAUCACUCUUGCAAUUGUUCCAAAUAUCAAUCAGGUAUUUUCCCUCUUCCCAACCUCCCCUCAUCCUAUUUUCUUAUUUUUCCAGAUAACAUGCACUGAUAUUUAUGGUCGUAUUCCUCUGCCAAAAAUUCCCGAUUUAUUAGAGUUUUCGAAAAAUCGUGCAAUUUCAAUUAUUCCCACACUUCACAAAGCUGUUUUGAAUAGUGUUAAAGAGAAAUGA